UCACGAUUUAACCCAUUUUUACAUCAAUCAGAAAUUUUUACCAAUUCAUUCUUCAUGACAUGUUGAAUAAAUUCACCACGUGUACAAUAAUAAUAAUUUUGUGAGUAAUUGAUAAGGGAGCACAUCGCGAUAUUAAAUAAAAAUGUCGGAAAUGUCGGAAAUUCUAAAGCUAGUUGAUUUAUAUUUAUCGAAACAGAGGAUCAUUUCUGGUAAUAAUUCUGAGGAAUUAACUGAAAAAAUCAUGCUGAAUAUUGAUGAAAAAUUUCGAGAAAUGUUGAAAUCGUCAUAUAAAAUCUUUAGUUUUUCAUUAAAUAAAAUAGGAAAAUUUACAAAAAAAGAAAACAAGAUAUUUACAACACUAGAAAGCAAAAUACUUAAGAUGAUUGAACCAAUGACCAACAAACCAGAUACAGAAUUUGAUAAUAUUGUAGCUUUUGCAUUAACUUUACUUAAUUUUGGUAUAAUAUACAUGACAAUGGAAGAAAAAAUUAAAAAAAAUGCAGACACUCUACAUGCAAAAGCAGAGAAAUUCUUCCUAGCAUGUCUAAGUGUGUUAAAAGGCAAACAGCUAGAUAGUAAAACUAUUUUGACAGUUAUGAGAGCAUAUAAUAGCAUUUCAAUUAUUUGUUCAAAACAACAAAGAUUAGAAGAACGUUCUAAAUUUUUACUUGGUGCUGUCAACACGUAUUUUAAAUACACAAAAAAUGAAUAUCCUACUCCUAUUUAUGUUGGAAUAACACUUGGCUUUGAACAAGAUGCAAAAGAAUUGAAUCCUAAGACGUUUUUGGACUUUCUUUACAUAAAAAUAUUAAAAGAGUUAUCAAUAGAGUAUACACGUAAUCCAGACAACAUGGUUGAAUUUGUUAACUGUAUGCACAAUUUAUUGAACAAUCUAAUAAAGGAAGAGUCUAUACGUCAAUAUUAUAAGGAUUGGGCUAUGACUGUAGCUGACUUAUCUUUAUAUUUUAUACACCACAAUCGCUUUACUGAAGCUAGACAUUAUAUUGCCGCUGCAUACUGUAUGCUUAAGAAAGCUAAUGUGGAAACAUUGACAAAGAUGACAGAGACAACAAUAAAUGACAGAGAUUCAAAUUUACUAUUGAAUAUAUUUUGUACAAAGUAUCAAUAUCACAAUGCGAAACUUGCUAAAUUAUGCGGACAAUAUGGAGUUCAGCUUUUGCAUGCAUCAAAAGAAAAAUUAUUACUAAAUAAAGGAAAUCAAUCUUGUGAAGUUGAUAACUUAGAAUGUUCCAAUUCUACAAAAUCGGAAGAAAAAUUAGCACAAUGUUUAAUAUUUACUGAUUUGGAAGAAGAGCUAAAAGAUGAGAUUUCAUUUACUCAGAUCUCUGAUAAAUAUUUGUCAAAUUUAAGUGAUAUUAAAAUAGUUUUUGAAAAGGUUAUAGCAUGGUUUGAAAUAGCAAUAAAAUAUUUUACUAUGGAGAAGGACGCGACAAUUCAUGGAGCAAUUAUAUUAUAUAUAUCCAGAGCAUACAAAUAUUUUGCAGGCUUUGAGCAAGACAAAGAUAAACGGAUGAUAAUAUAUAAGAAGCAAAUAGCACUUUUAUUUGAAACAGUUCAAAAAUUACCACAUGAAACAUUUUUAUAUAAUACCAAAACAUUUAUGUGGCUUGAAUUGGGUAUUACUUAUUUAGUACUUUUCAACAUAUUGGGUGAUGAUAUAACAAUAUCUGAUGUAAAAACAGAUCGGGAACUAUUAUCGAAAAUAGAAAUCUGUAAGCUCAAUAGCAUGACUUGUUUUCAAUCAUAUUUAGCUGUACCUAAAGUUCAUGGUUAUUUUUAAUAUUAUGGUUUAUUUUUGUGCACAAGUAUAAUGGAAAUGAAAAUUUUUAUUAAUUCUAUAUGACAAUGCUAGAGAUGUAUAUAAUAUGACUAUCUUCUAGUAAUAUUUAUAGUAUU